GUCAAGGGUCAUAAAUGUCAAUAUUUUGAUUUUUGACUUGUUUUACGUUCGCUUCGUUCGAAGCAAAAAUGGAAAUUUCCAAAUAGUACAGUGAAAAUAUUUCACAAUAGUUUAAAUUUUGGACUUAAAAAAUCGUUAUGUAUCUUUUAAAAAGGAGGCCAGAAUUUAAAACACUAUGCACACUAGUUCGUCUGUUUAAUUCCGGUAGAAAAUCACACUAUGAUAUUCUUAAUUUACAAAGAAAUUGUACAGAAAAAGAGGUCAAAGAAGCAUUUAUUAAGUUGAGCAAAGAGUAUCAUCCAGAUAAGAACAAAAGCGCAAAAGCUGCAGAACAAUUUGUUCGCAUUGUGGAAGCUUAUAAUGUCCUCAGCAAACCAGGAAGCAGGGUGUCAUAUGAUAGCACAGCAGAAUAUGACAGCAGUGGCUCUUAUGUGUACCGAACACAUGUGCCAUAUAAUUUACGAAACAAUCCAAACUAUGGCUUCUACACGCACACACAAACAAAAUCUGGCUCAAACAAAAAUACAGACUACUAUGGCAUAAAGGGUGUGAAGAAGGUGCCAAAUAUUGUCAUUAUAAUGAUCGCUUUUGGCAUUGCCUUCAUUGGUGUUAUACUGCAAGUAAUUGUGAUAAGGCAGUCAUACUCCAGUCACAGUAGGGCAAUAGACAAGAAGUCGAUGAUGCUGGCAGAGGAAUUAGAAAAAGUCCGAGCUAGUGCCAGGGGACAAACAAAUGAUGCACAAACUCAAAUAUUGCUAGACAAAAUCGUGGCAGCGUCCAACCCCUCUGUGGCCACCGCGUCUCUGGGACAAGCUCUGGCGGACGAGAAAAAGUGAUUUAUCUUACCUCAAACUAUUGUAGUCUUUGUAGAAAUUGUAGUGUCGUCUCGAAAUGUAUUUAUUGUAUACAGGGUGUAACCAGAACGUAAGCAAAAACGAAGUCAGGUGAUAAUACUUUUACUUACUAGUUUACUUAUUACUGACUAGCUGAUGCCCGCGACUUCGUUCGGAAGGAUGUAGGUUUUUUAAAAUUCCCAUGGGAA